AUGAAGGAAGAAUUGGAGGAAGAGGAGAUGCAUGAAGGAGAGACAAUUGCAACGAAUUGGAGGCCUGAACAUCACCCGUCGCUGAUGGAGAUUGGUUUGCAGAGUCGGGAGAGUGAAAGGAGCAGCGGCAAGUCUGGGUUAUAUGGCGUGCAUUACUUGAAUGUAGAAUAUGUGUCACCAUAUGUAACUAACGUGCAGCAAUCAAUGGCUGGACCAUCAACUGCUACUACUAAUGGGAAUUGCAUUACAUUGAAUUUGAUGGAGAGCAACUUCUCCGAGAGAACUGAAAGAAUGAGCUGUGAGGUGGAGCUAAGGGGCUUUAAGAAACUUUUAUGUGUUGUUGAUACGCCCCGUGCCCCCACCCACAGACUUCAAUCCACUUCAUCCCCAAAUCGAUCCAGACCGCAUCCGCCGCCAACCCUAGCCACACCCCCACCGCCGCCGACCGCGCCCUCAACCACACCACCGCCGCCCCCGCCGCCCCUGUCGGCCCCAACCACUGCCCGCUGCUGCUGCAGACUCCGCCCUCCACACCCCACCGCUGCAGACUGCCGCCGCCGCCGACCCCACAUCACAGCGCCGCCGAGGACACGGACGACCCCCACCGGCGCCGGCCAGCCACGUCGCGGAACCACUCCACCGGCGACCACCCUCCUCCACCGCGAGCUUGGUCCACACCGAGCAAGCCUUCUCCCCAGUAUCGAGUGGGGCAGCUUCCUCUACGUCGUCUCCCCCAGCAGCGGGGCGUUCUCCCUCCAGCGAGCGGCUCUGUCUCCUCAGCAUCCUUUCCCUAGGCAGCUGCGUCCUAUACUUCCUUUCACCAGUGUCCUCUUCACAGCGCUGUGUCGACUACGUCUGGAUAGCACCUCAUCUCCAUCCCCGCCCCCAAGCAGUGUCGCCUCACCUCUACUUCCCCGCCUGAGCAGUGACACCUACGGUCUCGGCUUCACCGCCUCCUGUACUUCUCAACCAACGUAUGAUUUACUCAGCAAGGAAGGGAUGUGCUACUGUAUAAUGUUUAUCGGGAGCAUGGUAGCCCAGUGGCAAAAGCUUCUGUGUAUGCAGUUGGAAGCAGGUUUCCCAAGGGUACACAAGUUGAUGGAGUUCUGGAAGAUCUGCAAGCUGCUGGAAGUUUGGAAGACCUACAGUUAAUUUGGUCAAGUGAUAUAUGCCUCGGUUGCUGAACCCGGAGACAUUGGCAAGUUUUACUAUGCUUAUUUGGUGGUUGUUUUGGUACAUAAGCCAUUUUAUUUUCAUUUUGGUUGUGUGACACAUCUAAAAACAUAUGUACAGAACCUUUUGUGGCACAACCUCCUUGUAUAUGGUCGUUUCAUACAUGUAUCUAGAAACAUAUGUAUUUGGUCUGGCAUGUGUUAUUGAAUGAAGUUUAAGGUUGGUUGAAGUGUAUGUAUGUGCAAGUUUUGUGAU